AUGAAGACGCGCGCGAGAGACGGCGACCUCAUCGCGUUUGCGCCCGUUCUAUUUGCGUUCGCCUUCGUCACACGGUCCGCCUUCAGUCAGUCGCAACUCUCAGCCGGCCGCCCAUCGCGUGUCUUCCUUCCCGCCGUGUUCUUGUCCGCCGCAGCCGGCUGGCGGCCCGUGCGAGUCAUGGCUGCCCAGCCGACGCGUCCACCUCCGAACAACUUACUCUUUCGCGGUUCCCCACCUUCGCUGCCGAACAUUCUUCUCUUGCCGAACAAUAACGCCCAUGAUACUCAAGAAUGCACUUCUGGUUGUACAGUUUUAAGCCAAAUAAAAGAUGGUGAUGCUUUGCAACAGAUAAACAACGUGGGUGUGCCUACAUACGAAGAAUUAUUAGAUAAUCAAGUGGAUCAUAACGAGGGCUUUUGUGUGCAAUCUGACAAUUUGUUACGAAGAACACACAGUUUUGAUAUUUCGGAUAUUUACACAAGUUAUGAUAAAGAAGAAUUAGUCGCUAGCAUAUCUCGGCACAGACGAUCUGAACCAGAUCUGUCAAAGUAUGGACUUUUUGUUGAAGCGGAGGUCGCUUUAGAAUGCAGACCAAUGCAACCUUCGCCACUUGUAUUAAAUAAUCCAUUCUAUGAUGGUUCUUAUGCUUUGGAUCCUACUCUACUCAAUCAGCCAAUGAUCGUGAUGCCUGACAAUUAUUUGGCCUUUGAAGAUUCUUUCGUGCCGACAUGGGAUUAUAAGCCAGAAUUUGUAAGUAACAGAGAGUUAAAUCCUGAAUAUUACGAGACACUACCUAUUAUACCAUCAAACGACCCAUGGUCUGUAUACGGAAAUGAUAAUACAAAUUUCGAGUAUUAUUCACCGCAGUUCGACUUGCCUAUUGAAGAUGGAAUUCAAUACAUGCGGUUGAACGAUUUGGAAAUUGCCUUACCACAGUACAUGAGUUUACCAGCGGUCCCAAUAAUCGAAACCUUAAAAAAUGAGUCAAAGGAAAAUAUUAAGUCGAAUGUGCAAACAGAAAUAAAUAAUAAUUCUAUUCAGCAAACAGAUACAAACUUUACCGAGAAACCAGAUGUUGUGCCAAAUGUACAGACUGCAGAAUUGUUACCAUCAUCAGCUGUUAUUGUUAAUAAUCCACCAACAACCGAAAGCGAUAAGGCUUGUUACAAUGAGACUUUGAAUAACAAAGAGGCGUCGCGUAGUGAAGAGUCCUUAAACGCUGAUAUUUCUUACGACGUUACAUCAAGUUUAGCUUUCCUACCAAGCAGUAAAAGUUCACAAAUAGCGGCACAUGGCGCAGAUAACACAAGUGAUGACACAUCGUCGUGUUCUACAGACUAUCACGAAGCGUCGGCUCUUGACUUAGCACACAGCCUGGGCGAACUUUCUAGUUGCAGUGAAAGUACAGAUUUUUCCCAAAGCAGAGAUGAUACGUCACCAAUACCAACCCAGGGACCCAAAAACAUCGUGUCAAGUGAAGGUAAAAAGAAAGAAAACGAAUACAACGGACCUUAUGCACUAGCUUCAGACAAAACUUUGGCAAAAUUGCCCCUGUGCCAACUACCCUCCAUUCCACAUCACGAUCGUUUGCCAACAAAACCACCUCCGGUGCCUAACAAUUCGCCAUAUGUGGAAUCUAUGGAUAAUGGUUUGAAAAACUGUAAUUCGCAAAAAGAAGUAAACAUCGAACCCGUAGUAAAUAAAAGCAAUAAGUCGCCUGGCCUAAAACCUUACUAUAAUCAAUCAGAAUCUAGUAGUAAUAAUAAAAACAUAAAUGCUUUAAAUGUGUCGCAAAAGCUUCCCCAACCCCCCUCUGUUCCACCGGCUUGGUUGUCCAAGACUCUUUCCGGUGAUGGUGCUGCUAAUGUACAGAAAAAUUUGCCUCAAAUCUGCAUUCAGAAUACGGAGGGACAAGCGAAGGCUGUAGAAAAAAGCUCGAAGGCAUCUCAGCAAGGAGUCGUGAAAGGAAGCGGGACAGCUGCAGCACACCCUCAGCCAUCCUGCUCUUUUGCACCACCGAUACCUCCACACGGUUCACAACUGAGACCAGACAAACAGCCUAAAGAAGUAGAGGUCAGCCAAAAUUUUUCAAUUGAUUUAGGUCAUGUAACUUAA